UCCGCACUUGCUAUUGGCUGUGCUGCCCUGAGACCGAUCCACCUUGGACAGGGCGGAAGGAGAGCUUGAGGCUGGGUAGUGGGAGUGGUCGGUUUUGCGGCAAAGUUACCGGGGAGGUCGAACCGUAGGUGGCGAGCCGCUGCGUACAUGGAAGCCAGACUUGGGAAACGCACCGCACUCUGACCAGUUUUUCUCUGGAGCGCAGCCAUGGCUUUGACCAAAGGGUUUCGAGUGUUUGAGAAGCGGGAGCCCGGUGUCUGUAGCGUGCUGCUGGGCUCCAGGAAUCGCCAGGAUUGCCUGCUGUUCAAGGCGGGUGCGGUGGCCGUCGUGUCAUCAGUAGAGAAGGAGGUUGCGAAGGAGCAUUAUGAGAAAAUAAUGGAUGCAUACGGCUGUCUGGGUGUACUUCGAAUUAAGAAUGGUAACUCCACACUCUGCUUUCUGGUCAUGGUGACAGGAUGUACAUCAGUUGGAAAAAUCUGUGACACUGACAUUUGUAAGAUUACUGCUACAGAGUUUGUUCCUCUGCAAGAAGAAACAACAGAUGAAGAGCGAAUUAUUUCUUUGAGGAAAUUACUAAAUACUGGCACAUUUUACUUUUCAUCAAUUGGUUCAGCUUUUGAUCUGGAUCUUUGUGCACAGAAACGAUUUUCAAAGGAUCAAGAGACUGCAAGUCACUUUUUCUGGAAUCAGAGUUUGCACGUACAUCUCAACCAGUUCCAGGUGAAUUGCUCUGACUGGCUGCUGAAGGUGAUCUGCGGUGUGGUAGAAAUCCGCACCAUCUACGCUACAGAAAAGAAGGCCAAGGCUUGCCUGAUAUCGCGGCUCAGCUGUGAACGUGUUGGCUCCAGAUUCUACCGACAAGGAACUGACGAUGAUGGGCUUGUAUCGAACUUCGUUGAAACAGAACAGGUAAUAUACUUGGAUGAUGCAGUGUCUUCCUACGUUCAGAUACGAGGGUCGGUUCCAUUAUUUUGGGAGCAAACUAGAGUACAGGUUGGUUCUCACCAUCUGCGCCUGACUCGAGGUCUUGAAGCAAAUGCCCCAGCUUUUGACAGGCAUCUGAUGUUGCUGAAGGCACAGUAUGGAAAUCAAGUUAUUGUCAACCUAUUAAAAGAUAAAGGAGGAGAGGAAGUCCUCGGCAGAGCUUAUAAGAAGUUGUUGUGGGCCUCCCUUCAUGCGGUCUGCACACCAAUGAUAAACUUCGACUGCUAUCACUGUUUGAAGAGUGGCAAGGUGGGGAAGCUGCAUUCACUGAUAAUUCCUCAGCUGGAGGAGCACCUGGAACGAUUUGGCUUCUUCACCGGCAGAGAGCAUGUCCCUGUUUGUUUUCAGACUGGAACAUUCAGAACAAGUUGUCUUGAUUGCCUGGAUCGAACCAACAGUGUCCAGUCCUUUGUGGCUUUGGAGGUUUUGUACAACCAGUUGGAGAGCUUGGGAAUGGCCAGCAAGAAGUCAGUAGUGGAACGCUUUGUGGAAUUCUACAAAACAAUGUGGUCAAUGAAUGGACAAAAUUUAAGCAAGAUUUUCAUAGGAAAUCGUGCACGAGAAGGGAAAACCAAGGUAAAAGAUGGAGCACGUUCUGUAUCUAAAACGAUCCAAGCUAAUUUCUUUGAUGGAGCUAAACAGGAAGCCAUUGAUUUGCUUCUUAGGGGGAACUUCUACAGCGAAGAUUAUGCAGAGAAGGCGGUGAUUCUUAUGGAAGACAGUGCACUUGUCACUCCGCCAGCAAUUUUGAAAGCAGUAUGUGAACGGCAGAUGGAAUAUACAAAUUUCAACCGUGCUCGCAUCAGCGUAGGCUCGUGGAAUGUAAAUGGUGGUAAACAGUUCAAAAGCAAGAUGCUCAGUGUCGUGGAUCUCACUAGCUGGUUACUUGAUGGACUUCAACAUUGUAAAGAAACUAACUUCCAAGAUAAUGAGAACUGCCCACCAGACAUUUUUGCAAUUGGAUUUCAGGAAAUGGUGGAGCUCAAUGCUGGAAACAUUGUUAGUGCAAGCACAACGAACAGGAAAAUGUGGUCAGAACAACUUCAGAAGGCAAUCUCCAGAACACACAAGUACAUCAUGCUGUCUUCAGGGCAACUUGUGGGUGUCUGUCUGUUUAUUUUUGUACGACUCCACCAUGUGCCCUAUAUUAGAGAAGUUGCGAUGGAUCGGGUCAAAACUGGGAUGGGAGGAAAAACCGGGAAUAAAGGAGCUGUAGCUGUUCGUUUACAGUUUUACAGCACCACACUGUGCUUUGUAACUGCACACCUGACAGCAGGACAGUCACAAGUGAAAGAAAGGAAUGAAGAUUAUCGUGAAAUCAUGCAGAAACUCAGCUUCCCUAUGGGGAAGAAUGUUUUUUCACAUGACUACAUAUUUUGGUGUGGAGAUUCAAACUUCCGCAUUGAUCUUCCGCAUGAUGAAGUCAUCCAAUAUAUUAAGAGACGGGACUGGACGGGUCUUCAGGCUUAUGACCAGCUUCAACAGCAGAAAGCCGAUGGCAAGAUUUUUAAAGACUUCUUUGAAGGCACCAUCACCUUUGCUCCAACAUACAAAUACGAUGUGGGAACAGACGUUUAUGACACUAGUGACAAGUGCCGAACUCCAGCCUGGACUGAUAGGGUGUUGUUUUGGAAGAAAAGAAGAAUGUCCUGUGAUAUACCAGAUGUCAAUUUAAGGGGGUCUGAUUGUGAAUUAGAGACAAAGAAGAGAGGGACUGGAAGUGAUCUGCUCUAUUAUGGGAGGGCAGAGCUGACUCCAUCGGAUCACAGGCCUGUGUUAGCUGUCUUUGAAGUGAAUAUUGAGGAAGUGGAUAUUCUUGCACGUGAACAAAUACUCCAAGAAAUUACAUCUUCACAGGGACCAUCCGAUGCGACUGUGGUGGUGUGCCUUAAGGCACCAACCAAGGAACCAAAAGAGGAAUUUCCAGAUGACAUCAGGAAUGAAAUAGUUUCUUACUUUCAGAAUUAUGGCACUGUUAUUGUGUUGGUGAGAUGUGAUCGUGGACAGAUGCUAGUGACUUUUCAGGAUAGUCGCAUGGCUUUGAAGGUUUUGGAGCUGGAUGGAAAAAAGGUUAAUGGCAGAGUGAUGAGUGUUAGACCUCGAACCAGGAACUGGCUGCAUAAUCUACAUGAAGAACUUAACAGAAACAGAAACAGUAUUGCUCCUUUGUCUCCAACUGCAAAUUCGUGCUUGCUUGAAGAAAGUUUUGAUUUCAGCAGUCUGGAUUAUGACACUGAAGGAGAUAUAGAUGAAGACUUGGAUGAAACUGUUCCUCAGCAAUUGCUGACAGGUCUGAACAUGAACCACAAAACUGUACCAGAAGGAUUUUCUGAAACUGGUGCUGAAUUCUACUUGUCAAACAGACCACCUCAUUCUGAAAAAGCUGAAGUGGAUGAUGAUGAAGAAUCUACCACAAUAAAUCAGGAACUGGUACCUGGUGAAUUCCGACCACGAACAGCAAGCAGAUCAAUAUCCGUACCUGACAGACCUCAGCCUCCACAACGACCUCCUCCUCCAACUGUGCUAAGUUUGAAGAAAUCUGCAUCUGAUAUCUUGCAUCCACGUGAAGAAAGUUGUUUUCAAGCCAGUCCCUUCAGUGCAGUGCAGAAUCUUCCAACAACUGGUCAGCAGUCUUUAUCACAAAGAACUGGAAUAAGCAAACCCUACAAUGUGAAGCAAAUCAAAACAACAUCUACAGAGGAAGCAGAACAGGCAAUAAAGCAGUUAAUGGAGCUGAAAUCUGGUCACUUGCCAACCUCUUCGCUUUCAAAACCACUUGCAUCAAAUCAACAACGUGCUCCAAGUCCAGUCACUGAACAGUGGAAAGGUCAACUGGCUGCAAACAGUAAGGAAGGUAACAGGGGUACACUGACUUCAAAGUCUGGCCAAGUGGAACAAUCAUCAUCGCCUUCCUUAAAAUCUUCAGGAGUGAUCAAACAGAUAUCUGCUCGGUCAAAAUGCAAUCCCAAACAAGAGAAGCCAUGUAUAACUGACAUAACUUCACAUGAACUCAGUAAUAGCCAAGGCACAAACUCAGAAGAUGCAACCACUGCACCAGUUGCUCCUCCACGCCGAAAGAAGAAUACACCUCCUGAUCUUCAAGAUGAUCACAGUGUCCUCAUAAAAUCAAUGAACAGUAAUACCACUCACACUCUCCACCCUGUCUGUAGGUCAGGUCCUCCUAGAGUGUGCAACACCCAUCCCUCACUGAGCAAUCGCUGUAAGCUUCUGCAGAACACAAACCCUUCAGAUUCCAACUGGUUGACAGACAACUCUAAUCUUCUAGCCCAAUCCAAAAAUAAAAACGAACUUCAAACAAAACAAACCCCAUUCAACAAAUUUAUAAAUGAUACUGAAAGGAAAGCACAUCCUGUUACAGCUUUUCAAAAAGGACACAAAGACUCAUGUAUUACCUCAGACAAGAAUUAUGUUUCUUCAAACAAUUUAUAGCAGUCAAUGACUAAAGAACCAACAAGACAACCACAGCUUCAGUCCUUUUAAAGACAAUUUAAUUCCAUGUCACCUUUAUGAAAGCAUUUUCUGAUCAAGUUUCUUACAAAGAAUAUAUUGACCAGAUACAUAGAUGUACAGACUGAAGGAACAAUAUAAUCAUAACAUAUUUUCACAAGAAAACUGAGAAUAUUUCUUUCAUUAGUUUAUUCUUUAUUCUGUAUAUAGUUGCCAGAGCAUUCCUUUAUAUAAUACUAUUUAUUCAAAGAGUUUACUAAGUAGUUAGACAAAUGCUAAAGUGACACAAGAUCAAUUCAUACCAGCCUACAAUUUGAAAAACAUUCACCUGGGAGUGAUUUUCUCACACCACAGGGUACCACUGCACUAAUGCUCCUUUAGGAACUCUACACAAUAACAAACUUGAAAAAAUGACAACUUUCAUUUAGAAUCACACCUCACAACAGCAACUUUACUCACUUUUCCUCUUAAUCCUUGACCGAAUUGAACACAAUUAUCUUUCACUUGAAGAAUAACAUAUCUAAAUGAGUUAACCUCUACAAAUCACUUCAGUCAAACCUUGGAUUCACUCACUACUUUUUGACAAUACACACCCCACACCAUCAACUACACUGGGGGAAUGCCUUCUGAAAAAUGACUCAGCAACAUGCUCUGAAAGUCUAUCCUGUUAAUGCUUUUUUAAUCUUCAAUGUUUCAAUGAGGAGAUUUCACAAUGAGCAUCAACUUACCUUCCUUCGGUGAUAAGACAGCUGAUAUAUCAUGUCAAUCAAGCUACAAGAAUUUGUACAAAUGCUUUCAAACUAUACUCCUUAAAGUAGAAUUAAAAACAAUAGAUAAGGUGCAUUCACCCCAAUUCUGCACACCAGUAAAGAAUAUUUUCCUAACUUCUAAACUCCAUCCUCUUAGCAAUACGCUCCUUAAUUCCAUUCCCCUUCUAAUUAUUUGUUUUAAUCACACGUUUCCAUAUCUACAUUACCUGCACCCUCCAUAUAUCAAAACACAUUUUAAAAAAGUACAACUUUGGUUUGUACCAAACUACAAUAUCUCAAUUCACAACCUUCCCAGCUUCCACAUUCUCACCAUCUCACCUUACUGGUUUCUCCAUACACCCAUUGUAAUCCAUCCUCGUAUCACAAAUACAAGCCCAUUCUCUGUGUGCUUCGAAGUAUAUAUGCAUUAUACAACCUUGAGAUUUGUCUCCUAACAGACAUCCACAAAACAAAGAAAACCCAAAACAAACCCCAUUUAUAUGAGAAAAUACAAUACCAAAUGUGCAGAGAAUAAAAAAUUUCUUCAUGCCUGUAAGAAAAUAAAAUAGCCCCUGGUAAAGACCGCCGAACACCCAAUGUGCAAUGAAAAAAAAAUCAUACAAACAGUACUGCAAGCAAAUUUGUUUCUGAACUGAAGUUUGCAAGGGAAUUACGUAGUUCAGCCCAGAGCCAAAUAAACUUAGUGGAGGAGUGAUCUUAAUCGGCCUGUACCUUGCCUCGGGCCUCGACACGCUGACCUUUUCAAUCUGGCCUGGCACUUAACUCUCCGUCCGAACUACAGGUUCUGCAGCUUGGAUACGCAGGACUUUACUGCUUUGAUUAGGCCUGCAAAUCUCCGUCCACAGAUCUCGGUCAGUUGCGUCUGGCGCCUGGACCCCGCGGUUUUGAUUCAUCCUGUGACCGACCUUCAUCGCUCUUCCACACUCUUGGCAAUGGGCCCGCCACCUCACCUUGCCUUGGUUCUGCUACUUUGAAUUGCCUCCAAGUCCAAAGGGAAGUUGCAGACUAUUACUUGCAAUGAUCUUUUGCCAGAAAAAGUGUGGUUUACCAAGUACUUGGUUUGCUACCCUUGUUUCUACUAGCCAGAAGUCACAGAGGUUCACCAGCAUCAUCUUAACUGGAUGUGCUUCCUGCAUCCUUGACAAAGAUCAUUGCUGCCUUGUACCUCAGUGCUAACCUCAUCUCACUUCUCUCAGCCUUCAAUAUUUUAAGCAACCAGUCCUCUGAAGGAGAUAUUCCCCACCUUAAAUAACUUUGAGUCAUCACUUGCCCAACUCCUCGAUUUGAAACUGUGACCCUGAGUCCAGAUAGCACACUAGGAUGAACAUCAAUCAUGUUAACUCUGAAUUACAGAUUCUCGGUCUUCUGAUAUCAAGAAAGCUGCAAUCCUCUGAUUUAACCUUUUCUCAUGCCAAAUAUGCCACUCCCUCUAUCAAGCAUGUCAAGUAUAUUCUUCCUUCCAGAUGGGGAAACGGGUCUGUUGUACAUAAUGUUCAAAGUACAGGGUAACCAGGAACAUGGAGCAAAAUAUCUCUGCUCUUCUGCAUUAAUACCUCACUAACAAUUCAGAAUAUGUCCCACAUAGAAAUGUGCUGAUAGAAUCAAUGCAAAAUGGAGUCAACACAACAUUACAUAAUUCAAAACUGGCCUCUGCAGUGUUACACCAUAAACCCUGUAGGAUACGACAAGUUGAUUGACUACUCUCUCACCCACACUGUGCCAUAAGAAAAUCAUUUGUGAUCCAAAAUAACUGGCCUCACAAUCCUUCAAAGCUCGGAGUCAACCCUUCCAUCUCCCAAAAUAUAAAUUUGAAGACCUUCAAUAACAAGCACCUCCAGCUUAAGUAGUUCCUUAAACAGAAUCAGUGAUCCACUCAUGCUCCCACAGAGAACACUACUGAGACUCGGUUUCCACUCAGCACCUUCCGUUUGUGCAAUUAUCACCACCCCAACACAACAUGGGUAAACCCCAAACAGCAUCUUACAACACUGUGACAGAAAAGCAGUGAAUUGGCCCACCUUGCUCAUUCAGGCAUUCCAUAACAACUAACAAGUUCUCUAUCAAAAUGCAAACAUCUUAAUUCUGAGUCACAAGGAAUCAAACUUGAUAACCACAUCACCUUCAAUUUUACUCAUGUCUAUUAAUGGCAUCAUUGGUAAAUACUUACUGUUGGUCCAUGCAUGCAACAAGCCACAACUCCUAUUCCACCAGUGAGAUUGCUUCAAGAGACACCUGCUUGAAAUCCAUGCAAUUGUCAUUUGACAAACUCAACUUUCCCAACCAUAAGUAGAUAUUUCCCAUGCUUUCUAAAAGGUUAUUCACCAAAUUCUCAUUGGUUACAGCUUACUCCAUCUUAUCAUCAGCCUGGAGUAUUUACAGUUUUGUCAUUCUUAACAUGCUGAAGCACAUUUGCAGCAAUGAAUAAAAAAAUACAAUUUCAAGAUAAAAUAAGCAACAAAUGCAAGCUGAGCAAACUCAGUAAGUCAUGUGGCAUGUGUACAAAAAUCAACAGUCAACAUUUCAGGUAAACACCUUUUAUCUGUACUGGAAAAUGGAGAAGCAGCAGCCAGGAUGAAUUAGUGAUGGAUUGCUUGCCCUCACCUUUAUACUGACUACUUCCACGUUAUCUUUCAGUCCAGAUGAAAAGUUUCAACCAGAAAUGUCAACUGACCAUUUCCUUCAACUUACACAAUUUCUAUCCUUAACUUAAGCAAGGAUAGAUUGCAGCCAUAUAUUUCAAAUAACACUGUGACUCAUAUCCUCUUUAUCUCUAUAUUCUAAUUUUAUCAUUGUCUGUCUUUAUUACAAUGUUAUCAUCUGCUUUUUUGAUUUCAAAGUACCAAAUUUAGCUCAUCAACCAUAUCCUCUACCAUAAGAUUUUUUUUAAAUCUAUGAUAACCUGUAUCACAAGCACAUUGUGUUGGUUUUGAUAUUAACUGAUCAUCAUAUCUACAUGUGCUUUUUACUCCCCUGCUCUUCCUCUUCACAUGAAAAUGACAUAAAAACAUCAAUUACAGUAAAUUAGAAGUUUGUAGCACUUCUCUGAUCUCCCUGGAUUAUUUACUGACAAGAAGCAAUAGGUUAAAGGGACCAUCCAACUUGAUCCCUCCCACCACUCCCAUGUUCUCUUCACCAUCUACUUUAAAUGGUGAUUGGGUCUUCCUUCAAACUAUUUUCUCAUUGAUUAUUUAAUGAAGUGCCAAUUAUAAAAAUCACUAUUUAAGAUAAACUAAUCCUGAUAUGCCACAAAAAAAGCAGCUUACAAAUACAAAAACAGAAAAUUGAAGGUGUUAGCAUGAACUUUCCACUGGAAGAAAUCACUUUACAUCACACGAAAACAACUCUUCAACAUAACAAAAUUGAUCAACUAGCAGAAUGGAUAUUAACGGUUGACAUCCUUGUUAAUUCAGGUCAGACAGUUUUCACACACCAAUAUUCCAGGUCAAAUUUAGACUAAAACAGCCCUUUUAGCCCACCAUAUCCAUGCCAAUAUGCAAGCGACCCCAUCUAUACUCCUCCCACUUGCUCAAAACUCUACAGUCAUUGACAAUUUAAGCUUUCUUCAGGAUAUGUUUUAAACGUUGAGUGUCUCUGCCUCCCACAUUCAAUACCCUCCAGAUUCCAGCCACACUCACACUGAAAACAAUUUUCCUAAAGUCCCCAUCAUACCACACCCCCUUAAAUGCAUUCCCUCCACUUUUAGAUACUUCUGUUAAGUUGAAAACUUUUGCACCAGCGUACCUAUUCCCCAUAUAAAUGGUACAUUCUCAUCUGCAUAUUUCAUUUCUUUAUUAUAACUAUAAGAUAUAGGAGCAGAAUUAGGCCAUUUGGCACAUCGAGUACUCUACCAUUUCGUCGUGGCUGAUCCAUUUUCCCUCUCAGCCCCAAUCUCCUGCCUUCUCCCUGUAUUCCUUCCUGCCCAGACUGAUCAAGAAUCUAUCAACAUCAGCUUCAAUUAUACCCAAUGACGGGCUUCACAGCCACCUGUGCAAUGAAUUCCACAGAUUUACCACUCUCUGGCUAAAGAAGUUCCUCCUCAUCUCCAUUCAAAAAGGAAGCUCCUCUAUUCUGAGGCUGUGGCGUUAGACCCCACCAAGCUCCCCCACCAUAUGAAACAUCCUCUCCACAUCUCCCUUACUGAGGUCUUUCAACAUUCAAUAGGUUUCAAUGACCUCACCCCUAAUUCUUCUGAAUUCCAGUGAGUACAGAUCUAUCAAACGCUCUCAUAUGACAAGCCUUUCAAUCAUUUUUAUGAACCUACUUUGAACCUUCUCCACUAUCAGCACAUCCUUAUGUAUCUGAAGGAACUUUUGGUAUCCCCUUUAAUAUUACUAGAUGGCAUCCGUUAGUCUUGCAAGACCAUGGAUCUGCACCUGGAAAGUCUUGCUUCAGUCUCUCUAGGGUGCAGGCCUGGACGAGGUUAUAUGAAAGACCGGUAGCUGUCCCAGCAGCGAGUCUCCCCUUGCCACGCCACGAAUCGCAAGGGGCAAGGGCUGAUACAGUUUAAUAUUAAUAUUAUUGGCUAGCUUACCUUCAUAUUCUAUCUUUUCCAUCUUAAUGACAGUUUUAGUUGCCUUCUGUUGAUUUUUGAAAGCUUCCCAAUCCUCUAACUUUCCACAAAGUUUUGCUGUAUUUUAUGCCCUCUCUUUGGCUUUAUGUUGGCUUUGACUUCUCUUGUUAGCCACAGUUGUGUCAUCUUGCCUUUAGAACACUUCUUCCUGUUUGGGAUAUAUAUAUAUAUCCAGCAUCUUCUGAAUUGCUUCCAGAAACUCCAGUCAUUGUUGCUCUGCUGUCAUCCCUGCCAGUGUUCCUUUCCAGUCAAUUUUGGCCAACUCCUCUCUCAUGCCUCUGUAAUUCCUUUAACUCUAAUGCACUACUGAUACAUCUGACUUUAGCUUCUCCUUCUCCAAUUGCAGAUUGAAUUCUAUCAUAAUAUAAUAAUUCUAUCGCUUAACUCUUUAAGUUCUCUAAUUAAUUGCAGUUCAUUGCACAGCUCAGAAUCCACAAUUGCCAAUCCUACAGUAGGUUCAACCACAAGCUGCUCUAAAAAGCUAUCUUUGUAGACAUUCUAGAAACUCCCUCUGAUAUGCAGAUCACUAAUUUAGGUACUAAGGACCCAACACAUCACUUUGCUUUCUGCAGACCACUCUCCACAAAUCAGUAAUAUUCUAAAUUACUAACAUACAGCCUUGCACAGGCCUGCACCCUGGAGACACUGAAGCAAGACUUUCCAGGCACAGAUCCAUGGUCUCACGAGACUAACGGAUGCCAUCCAGAUAUAUUAAAGGGGAUACCAAAAGUUCCUUCAUAUACAUAAAGGAUGUGCUUAUAGCAGAGAGGGUUCAAUUACUAACAUCACAGGUAUCACUACAUUUCUAACUAAGCUGUUGUACACAUAAUUGAUAUUGAAAGUGAACUAUUUCAUUCUUAUUUUACAUUUUUAUGAUUACAAAGUCUGUGAACCUGAUAUUCCUGAUCUAUCUGCACAUUGAAAUCUCCAUCACCAUUGUAACAUUGCCAUUUUGGCAUGCAUUUUCUAUCUCCUGUUGUAAUUUGUGGACUACAUUCUGUUAAGUCAUUAAUAUGCCAUGUUAUAAAUUAUGUUAAUAUGC